AUGUCUGGAAACUGCUGUUCUAGGAAAUGCCCGUCCGUGCCAGGCAUCUCUCUCUGCUCCACUGAGGUGAGCUGUGGAGGGCCUGUCUGCUUGCCCAGUUCCUGCCGGAGCCAGACAUGGCAACUGGUGACUUGUGAAGGUAGCUGUGGAUCAUCUAGCUGUGGCCCACAGUGUUGUCAGCCCUCUUGUUCUGUGAGCAGCUAUGCCCAACCUGUCUGUGCCCAACCUGUGUGUUGUGAAGCCACCAUCUGUGAGCCCUCCUGUGCCGGGAGCAGCUGUGCCCAGCCUGUGUGCUGUGAAGCUACCAUCUGUGAGCCCGCCUGUGCCGUGAGCAGCUGUGCCCAACCUGUGUGUUGUGAAGCCACCAUCUGUGAGCCCACCUGUGCUGUGAGCAGCUGUGCCCAGCCUGUGUGUUGUGAAGCCACCAUCUGUGAGCCUGCCUGUGCCGUGAGCAGCUGUGCCCAGCCCGUGUGCUGUGAAGCCACCAUUUGUGAGCCUUCUUGCUCAGUGAGCAGUUGCUGCCAACCUGUGUGCUCUGACGCCCCUUCCUGCCAGCCAGUUCUCUGUGUACCCGCUCCCUGCCAGUCCAUCAUAUGCAAACCCAGCUGCUGCCAGCCAGUCAUCUGUGAGCCCAGCUGCUGUUCAGCUGUCUGCACUGUGCCUAGUUCCUGCCAACCAGUGGUCUGUGAGCCCACCUGCUGUCAGCCAGUCUGCCCCACACCUAGCUGCUGUCCGUCUGUCUGCUCUGUGGCUAAUAGCUGCCAGGCUGUCUGCUGUGACCCCAGUCCUUGUGAGCCAUCUUGCUCAGAGCCCAGCAACUGCCAGCCGGCUCCUUGUGUGGCUCUGGUCUGUGAGCCUGUCUGUCUUCGCCCUAUCUGCUGUGUUCCAAGCCCUUGUGAGCCACCUUGUGUCUCCAGCACUUGCCAAGAACCCUCUUGUUGCAUCUCCAGCAUCUGCCAAUCCAUCUGCUCUGAGCCCAGUCCUUGUUCAGCAAGUAUCUGUGUGCCCAGUCCAUGUCAACCUAACUGCUACAUAGUUAAGCGUUGCCGGUCCAUCUGCCGUGAGCCUAUUUCCUGCCCAUCUACCUCCUGCCAACCUCUCUGCUGCCGCCCGGGGUCUUCUGCAUCUGCCAUCUGCCAACCAACUUGCUCUCGGACUUUCUACAUACCCAGCUCCUGCAAACCGCCUUGCACCCCUUCGGUUUCUUACCGCCCAUUCUGUCGCCCAAUCUGCUCUGGACCCAUCACUUACAGGCAGCCGUAUGUGACAUCCAUCUCCUAUCGCCCUGCCUGCUACCGCCCAUGCUACUCCAUCCUGCGCCGUCCGGCCUGUGUCACUUCUCUCUCUUACCGUCCAAUCUCCUCCCGUCUGCCUUGUGCUGACUUCUGUAAACGGGAUUGCAAAAAAUCUACUUCUAGCCAACCAGAUUGCACUGACUCAACGUCCUGCAAGGCUGAGGUCUCACAUGCCAGUCCCUGCCAACCCAGUGAGGCCAAACCCACCAGCCCAACCACCCGUGAGGCUGUAGCCAGCUCGCCAACUGCCACCAAGCCUGCUGACCACUGA